GCAGAUGCCGGAGACUAGGGGCAAGAGGCGACGCGGCGAGCAAGGGUAGCCGGUGGAAAAGGGCCGUGCCGCCGGAGCGGCUUCCUCCCCGAGUCCGCAUCAUCUCCCGAUGGUUUAAACAAUUGUGAAGUGAAUACAAAAUGGCUACAGACAGCGUUGAACCAACUGAUCAAGCCAUGAAUGGCACCAUUCUCAAGUUGUCGGAUGGAUUUAAAAGGAAGGCGGUGGAACUGGUCAAUCCAAAGCUUGUUAAAAAGGCAACAAAUCUUAAGCUAACUCCAUCAGCAUUCAUGAGAGAGAUGUCCCUUGACACAAAACAGAAGUUAGCAGAUACUCAUGAGAUGUAUCUUCCUCCAAUUGUUGAACUUCUCGAUAUGACUGAAACCACACUGCAGAAGUAUUCCUCCAUUGAUGCUGACCAGCCAUUGUUCCAGCCAUUCCCUUCAGAAAUUUUCUUUCAGAACUAUAAACCCUGUGAAGUUUAUGAGGUACCACUGAAUCUCCGAAACUAUGACCAGGUUCCACGAAUGGUUAAAGUUGUUCAGGAAGAUUCUCCAUAUUUCAAAAUUGUCUUUCCCAGUGACGUUGGUCGGAAAGUAGCACCUGGCAUGGUCACCACAUUCAAGCUCGUUUUCACACCAGAGGAAAACAAGGACUAUUUCCAUGAAUUGAUGUGUAUAACCGAGAGAGAGAAGUUUUUGGUGCCUGUAAAAGCUAUUGGAGCACGUGCUAUUUUGGAUUUUCCUGACCAAAUCAACUUUUCAGUGUGUCCAGUCAAAUACAACUCUCAGAAAACUCUUCUGGUUCGGAACAUUGGUAACAGGGCAGCCAAGUUCAUCCUGCAGACCAAUAAGCCAUUCAAUGUGGCACCCAUCCAUGGGUACUUAGACAUUGGGGAGACCAUGCAAGUGACGAUGGAAUUCAUUCCACAAUGUAUUGGGGAUCAUUGCGAUGAUCUAAUGAUACAUUUGGAUACAGACGAAAACAUCUUUGUUGAUCUGUACGGAGCUGCAGUGGAUAUAAAUGUAAGGUUGGAUAAAAGCUCAGUAACGAUAGAGAAAACCUACAUAUCAUUGGCCAACCAGAGAAUUGUGUCCAUUUGCAACAGAAGCAAUAUAGUUGUACACUUCCAGUGGAAAGCUUUUGCAACUUCAGAAGAGGAGGAGCAGCAGAAACUUAGAUUCUUUUCAGACUUAAAGAGUGAGGAAGAGGAAGAGACAGAAUUUUUUUUGCAGGAGUGCGCUGGAGAUCCUGCACUACGUGAACGCAUUUCCAUCCUUUCCCGUACCUUUCUGAAUCGUUGCCGAAUGGCGCAGGAUGACAAGAUGCUGCUGUCUGAUGAUACCUUGUCCAUUGAACCAUUGGAAGGAGAUAUCUGGCCCAAUUCAACACAUGAAAUAAGUAUAAUCUGCAAACCAAAGGAAGCGAAGAUAUUUCAGUGGACAAUCUACUGUGAUGUCACAGGUCGGCAGACUCGCUUGCCUCUCCGUAUCAAGGCUGAAGGUAUGGGCCCCAAGCUGCUUCUGAAUUUUGACCUGAUUGACAUGGGACACAUCUUUUUAAACUCUCGUCACACAUAUGAGGUAUUGAUGGCGAACAAGGGUGACAUAGUUGGUGUGUACAACCUGACUCCUGCAUUCACUCCCAUAGGCGCCAUGUUCAGCGUUAACCCAAGUGAAGGGUCGCUGUUGCCAGGCGAUUACCAAGUAUUGGAUGUUGCAUUUAGAUCCAGCAUUCUUGGGGAAUUCAUGGAAGACUUAUACUUUACUGUGGAUGGGUCUGGAAGACCAAUCAGAGUUACUUUUAAGGGACGUAUUAUUGGACCAACAUUUCAUUUCAAUUUGCCUUUACUGAACUUCGGGGAGGUUUCGUAUGGUUUUCCCAGCACUAUAUCAUGUCGCCUUACCAAUACUUCCAUUGUACCAAUGGUAUUUAAUUUGUGGGUCCCUGGUGAUGGAACUGCUGAUGUCGUUAGAGCAAAUGUCACUCAGGCCUCAGAAGAGAGAAGAAUCCUUUCUUGGGCAAACCUUGGGUAUGGAGCAAAACCCAAAGAAUUCAGUAUAAAUCCUAGCAGCGGUACUAUCAUGGCACAAGAGGAAAUGGAGAUUCAGGUGACAUUGUGCUCCAACACUGUAAAGAAAUAUGAGUCGGCCUUGGUUGUGGACGUGGCAAAUGUUGGUGAGGAGGUAUCAGCAAUCCCCAUCUUGGCACGGUGUGUCGUUCCUAUUGUGGAGGUAAUUAACUCACAUAUUGAUGUUGGACGCUGCUUUAUCAACUAUCCCUAUCAAUGCAUGAUAAAGCUUCAAAAUACCAAUGACCUCCCAGCUUGUUAUGGCAUAACUCCACAGGAGUUGGAUGAUGAGCAGGGUGUGAUUUAUUCCAGUCUCAAGCCUUGUGGAAUUAUUGACCCUUGCUCGAUUGUGGAGGUUCCGUUAUUAGUGGAGGCACAGAGCCUUGCAGAAAAGAACAUAGAACUGUCUAUUACAAUAUUUGGCAAAAGUCAAUUCCCUCUUCGAAUCCAAUUAUCUUGCAUAGGUGAGGGGCCGGUAGUCUAUGUUACUGCUACACAGAUCGACUGGGGAAAGAUCCGUGUACUGACCGAUGUCCCCAAGACCAUCUGCCUCUCUAACGAGUCACUUAUCCCAGCCAACGUCACGGCCAGAAUGGCACUAGAAAACUCAAAAUGGCACUUGGAACCCAGUGAAACUGUGGUCCCCCCUCAUGGACAUGUUGAUGUGACUAUUGUAGCACAUCUUGAUGACACCAUCUGGUGUGAAGACAAGUUGCACUUAUUGAUAGAGAACGGUCAUUCAAAAAGCAUCUGUGUGCAAGCCAAGGGCAUUGGAUGUACCAUCAUAUCUAACAAACCCUUUGGACCACAUCUGAAUCUUGGAUCAGUAUUCAGGCAAGUAGCUCCAUCCAGGACCUUCCAGUUGAGGUAUCUGAAACAUUUAAUGGGGAAUAGUUUUAGAGGUUAAAAUCACAGAAUAGGAAAAGUAAGUGUGGCUU